CCAGGUUGCAAAAAGCCGCGCAGUGUAUGGUCCAGUUUUUUCUGCACUUUCGUCGUCUCAUGUGAAGCCAACUCACACAAAUGACCACAGUAUGAGGGACAAAAGAACUUGACAAUGUGCACGAAAUUUAAAAGAUUGUAAUCUGAGAACGUAAUGUAACGUUCAGAAUUUGGUAGGUUGAUCAGGUCUGGAAUUACCUACGUUAUUUAUUUCUAGAAUGUCCAGGAUAUGAUAUUCUUGAGAAGUGACAAGUUAGAGAAAAAGCGGGCUGACAACUAAUUUGGCAUAUGAAAUGAACUUUUAAUAACGAAAGCGAGGUUUAGCGAUCAAGGCGUCCAACCCCCAGUCACCAGGUCUAAGGUUCGGAUCUCGCCCCAUCCAAAUAGGUCUUGACAACUAAUUAGUAUCACUAGCCCUCACACUUCGAGUAUUGCUCACAACUAAUUAUCUAUUCAAUAAUUUAACCAUAAUAACAGAAAUGGAAACAAGGUGGGAGUACGACAAUUCGACAGUCGAAACUAGGAGUUAAUAUAGUAAAGUUUCAAAUGUCUCGCAGUAAAUAACACCCAAAUACAGCAGUAAAUACUAAUGGAAACAGAAGGAUUGGAAAACGAAUUAAUUCAAUCAAUUCGACCUAGUUUAAAUGAAUUAUUACGAAUAUGGGAUUAUGUGGGUUAUAAUAAAUUGGAACGUUCACAACGUCUUAAACAAUUUGUUCAAAAACUUGAAACUGUUCUAUGCGAAGUAAUUAAAGAAGAGAAUUCUGCACGUCUUAUAAUGGAGCAAAAAAUUGAAUUAAGACGUAGAGAAAUCGCUGAUAUGUGUCAACAAUUAGGUUUGGCACCAUUCCUACCUGAACGUGGACUUACCUCCAGUGAAUUAAUGAGAUCAUUGGAUGAAAAAGCAGAAGAAUUAAUUCAACAAAAAAGUGCUCGAUGUGAACGUUAUUGUUGGUUACGAUCGAAGGUAUUACAUUUAGAUAGUUUAUUGGGUGGUGACCAACUAUCGGAUAUUACAAAACAUAAGCUUGAUAUAGAUUUUCACACUACCUUCCCACCGAUUAUAAAAUUUUUUGGACAAUCGAAUUGUAUUGAUCAAAAUAACACUGAUAAAAAUGAUCAUUCAAAUGAAUAUGAAAGUUUAGAUCCUUCGCUUAUUUCGUCUAUUCAAACAUUACCAGAUCAAAUAAAUAUCGAAAAGCUUACUACAAUUUAUGAAGAACUACAAUCAAUUUAUACACCAUUAGCUAAUCAACAUGCUGCACUUCGUGAAGAUAUUGCUCGUGUUGCAGCUGAUAUUUUCUAUCAACCACAAUCAGAUAAAGAGGCUGAAAUUUUAACGAUUGUUGGAUUAAAACAUUUAUGUAAAAAUGGUAAUGCAAUUUCAACUCCUGGUGUAGUUAGACGAGCUAAUGAUGGAACAAAUUGUGUUAUGCCUAUAUCUACACCUAGUGAAACCUCAGAAGUCACUACAAAUGGUUUAGAUAAUAAUCAUGAUAUAUAUGAACCUGUUGUAAAUAAAGAGAUACUUAGAUGGUUAACUGAUUGGCGAUUAAGAUUGGUCAAAGAGAAAGCACGUUUAGUUGGUACGUGUGAAGAAUUGAGAGCUUACCUGUUACAAAUGUGGAAACGAUUAGAUAAACCGGAAUCAGAACAGAAAGAAUUUCUGGAAAUGCAUUCUGGUUAUAAACCUGAAACACUGGAAGCACUUCAGGAAGAAGUUGAUCGUUGCCAACAGAUGAAAUGGGAAAAUAUGCAAACAUAUUUAACUCGUCUUGAAAGCGAAGCUCUACGAUUGGCUAGUUUAUGUUGUGUAGAUGAGAAAAUUAUUCAACUACCAAAUGAUAGUGAUAAACAAGAUCCAGAAAUACUAAUUAAUCACUUAGAGACUAUAUUAGAACAAUUAAACCAAACCUAUUAUUUAUAUCGUCCUGUCUAUGAAUGUAUUGCUGUAUAUGAAUCGUCUUGGAAACAAUUAAUUGAUGUUGAAGCUCGUUUAAAAGAUCCAUCAAUAUUUUCUAAUCGUGGUGGUAUUUUAUUAAAAACAGAAAAAGAGAAAAAACGUCUACUGAAAGAAGUGGAACGUACUGAAAAAGAGGCAAUAUCAGCUAUUGAACAAUAUGAAUUGAAAAGUUCAUCACAUUUUCUCUUAUCUAAUGGUAAAACAUUUACUGAACAUAUUAAUGAAAGAUGGAAUAAUUACAAAACACUUAAAGAUACAUCAAAAUCACGUCGUUCAAUUGUUCCAGCUACUAGUAAUAAUAGUAAUUCAACUAUCAGUAAUAAUAAUACCGGUAAUACAACACGUCCAACUUCAGCUAAUCUAACAGGAUCACCUGUAGCUCACACUUAGUACUUAUUUCAUUGAAUGAAAAACAUUAAUUUUUCACUUUUUCCCAUUUUGUUGUACAUACACACGCAUAUAUAUAUAUAUAUAUAUAUAU